ACCCUCCAUCUCUCCUCUCUGCUCAGUCGGCGGCCUUCCAACGACUUCGCCGCCGCACCCACAGAGGCUCGUUUCCUCGCCUUCCUGUCCCGACUCUACCGCCCUCCCUAACCAACCUGGUUUCAGUCUGAACCCGUACAUAUACUCUUCCAAGACGUGGGCGUCAUAGCUUCUGCCGCUACUGUAUUGGAGAAGGAGAAGGAGCACUGACGACAUUGCUCCUGCGCACCUGCAUCAAACCCGCCACCUCCUCCCUCUACGGUUCCGUGUCCAUUUACCAAGUACACCACCAUCGAAAGCCCACGAUACCACUCCAGCGGCCCAUAAGAUCGCAUUAUGGGCAAUCAGCCCUCUAGCACCAAGAAAGAUAAGGGAGACAAGACUGGGUCCAUUGUCGAUGGCGUCGCCCUAGAGCGUGAGCAAUAUCGCUCAUUCGACAGGUCCGACACCCGUGAAUCCAUCAAGUCGUUUCGCAAUUCCGUCAGGUCCAAAAUCCCGGGCUCGGCCAAGGUUGACAGCCCCAGGAACUCCAUCGCCAAUCUUGAUGAUGCCAGAUCGGAUGCUGGCUCCACCAAGUCUAGAUCUCGACGUGGAUCGACCGCCUCGACACAGUUGGCUGCGAUCGAGGCAACGGUGAAAGAGGAUGCCUUGGCCCAGCCUUUGCUACCGCCUCCCUCGCCAGUCCAUGGUGCUCUUGGGUCUGGCCAUGAUCAGGUUGACGUAGCGAAACGAACGGGGGAGGUCGACCAUGUCUCGGAUGCGCCUCCGACCAACUUUCCGCCUCAUUCGAGUACGCAACAAGCAGGCGAUUCCAUUUUGAGGAAGAAAGAUCAGGAUAUACCACUGACACCUCAACCGAUUACCUCCAACGAGGGGUCGGGUUCACCUGUGGAGACCAGCGCGCUGAAGCCCGCCGAUCUGGACGACUUCAUUCAGAGAUUGCUGGAUGCUGCCUAUACCGGAAAAGUCACAAAGACGGUUUGUCUCAAGAACGCUGAGAUUUUCGCGAUCAACGCUGCCAUUCGCGAAGUGUUCCUCAGCCAACCGUCGCUUCUAGAGCUUGCGGCUCCCGUGAAGAUCGUUGGUGAUGUCCAUGGGCAAUAUACUGAUCUUAUCCGCAUGUUCGAAAUGUGUGGAUUCCCACCUAACUCGAACUAUCUUUUCCUGGGCGAUUACGUUGACCGUGGGAAACAAAGCUUGGAAACGAUUCUUCUGCUUUUCUGCUACAAGUUGAAGUUUCCCGAAAACUUCUUCCUUUUGCGAGGCAAUCAUGAGUGCGCCAAUGUCACCCGCGUCUACGGCUUUUAUGAUGAAUGUAAGAGAAGGUGCAAUAUCAAAGUGUGGAAGUCUUUUGUGGACACUUUCAAUACCCUCCCUGUAGCCGCCAUUGUCGCAGAGAAGAUUUUCUGCGUUCACGGCGGCCUUUCUCCGAGUCUUACGCACAUGGACGACAUUCGAAGGAUUGCCCGACCAACUGAUGUUCCUGAUUUCGGUUUACUGAACGACUUGUUGUGGAGCGACCCGGCCGAUCAAGAAGCUGACUGGGAAUCCAACGAACGUGGUGUCAGCUAUUGUUUUGGCAAGAACGUGAUUCAACAAUUUCUGCAUCGCAACGACUUCGACUUGGUGUGCAGAGCGCACAUGGUUGUCGAAGAUGGGUACGAGUUUUUCACCGAUCGAUUACUCGUUACCGUUUUUUCUGCUCCGAAUUACUGCGGGGAGUUUGACAACUGGGGUGCAGUAAUGUCCGUCUCUGCGGAGCUCCUCUGCAGCUUUGAACUUCUCAAACCCUUGGAUUCGACUCAGCUCAAGAGUCACAUCAAGAAGAGCAGGAACAAGCGCCAUAGCAUCCUCAACUCACCAGUAAGUCCUCUUGAACCCGGCUAACAAGCAACGCGCUCUAGGGCCAUUUUUUGCGAUAUGGAACAUACUGACAUAUAUGUCAGCCUGCCAGUCAAUUCCCUCAGAGUUACUAAUACGUCAGGGCCAUGACAGGGCAAACGCCGGUUUGCCUCUGCAGCGCCUGGCGCGACUCCUAGGCUUCCCCGUCAAACCCAUCAAACUCAGGAGAAUCGCUAUAUCCGCUUACU